AUGAAAAAGACACCUGACCCAGCAAGCAUCUUACAAGAUCUCCGAAAAGUUCCUUCAAAUAAGCGCUGCUUUGAUUGCCAACAAGCUGGAACCACCUAUACCAUCGUUGACUUCGGAAUUUUUCUGUGCUCAAUAUGCGGAGGCCUUCAUCGAGAGUUCAAUCAUCGUGUAAAAGGUCUUUCUACAUGCAAUUUUUCAGCAGCAGAAGUCGAAAAGCUCCAACAGUGGGGCAAUGAAAAAGCGACCCAAGUUUGGAUGGCGAAGCAUGACCUCAGGUCUUAUCCUAUCCCUGAUAUAUUUUUCUAUAUAAAUAAUUAAAAAAAUAUAAUAAAAAAAUGCAAAAAUAAGCUUAAGUUAUUAUAGGAUAUUAAAGAUCAAGCCAGACUUCGAGAUUUCAUUAGAUUAAAAUAUGCAGAAAAACGCUGGUAUGAUGAAAGCAAAGCAGAAAAUAGCCAACGAAAGCAAGAGCCUGUUGUAAAAGCGCCUGCAAAUCCUCCACAGCAACCACCAGUACCUCAGCCCCAAUAUCAAACUUAUCCUCAGCCUCCACCAGCACAACAAACUUAUGCUCAGCCUCCACCAGCACAGCAAGCCCCAGUCAUUAAAAGUCUUAUAGAUUUUGAAGAAGAACCUAAAAGCACUGAAACGUGGAGCGGAUUUCAGCAACCACAAAAUGUCCCUACGAUUUCUAGGCCGCAGAAUACUCAAGCUAUACCAAAACCUCCUGGACAAGAGACUCAGUAUCAAAACCCAGGACAAUUUGGGAUUUUUGACCCAGGGUAUUAUCAAAAUCAGCAGGCUAGGCAGCCACCUCAAAAUUCUUAUGGACAAACAGGAGGAAAUACGCCAAAUCAGUAUCAAAACCCUCAGGUUAAUAAUGGAGGGUACUCACCACAGACUGGAAAUGUAGGUGGCAAUUCUGGAGGAUUCCAGGCCUCAUUUCCGCCACCUCAGAAUAUGGCUGGAAAUUGGAAUCAAGCACAAAGAAAUCAAGCACCAGCAGAUACCUCCCCGAAGGUGCAGCAGAUUCCUUAUAAUUAUCAAAAUGCUAAUCAAGCUUCUCAAGCAUUUCCAUCUUUUCCACCUCCUCAGCCUCAAACCACUGUUCCAUCAUACAGUUCGCCGCCCCAGCCUCAGAGCUCUGUUCCAUCUUAUAGCUCACCACCUCAGGCUUUUCCUAAUCCUUAUCCUCAGCCCCCAAUUCAGCCUCCACAGACUAGUACUUUUCCAAGCCCAUACCAGCAAACAGCCCAAAAUCCAGCUCAAAAUAACCCUUUCCCUAGCCAAUACCCACCUCAGCCUCAAAAUCCUCAGCAUCCACCCCAAAAUCCUCAGCAUCCACCCCAAAAUCCUCAAUAUCCACCCCAAAACCCUCAGCAUCCACCCCAAAACCCUCAGCAUCCACCCCAAAACCCUCAACUCCAAAAUCCUCAGUCUCAAAAUGCUUUCCAAAGCCAACGCCCUCAGCCAGCUCCUCUGACUACUUCUUUCCCUGGACAAUAUUCCCAGCCACCAUUACAAUCUCCACCUCGUAAUAACUACCCUCCUCAGUCAGGCCAAAACCCUUUAACUGACGUAUCAUUUGCUCCAUACCCGAGCCAAGACCCUAGAAACCCUUCAUAUCCUCAAUCCACUGGUUAUCAACAGGCCCCAGCUAGCCAAGACCCAUUUUCUCAAAUGCAAAAUAACCUUCUUUCAAGUGGGCCAGACCCAUUUGCCCAGCUUGUAGAAGAAGAAAAGAAAAAAGCUCAUAUAAUCCACUCAGCAAAGCCACAAAAUAAUAGUGGGAACUCUAAUGUAUUACUACAGCAAUAUCAGAUGAUGGCACAAAUGUACCAAAGCACCCAUGGGAUUCCUUAUCCUUACACUUUUCAACAGUGGUAUGCAAUUGUAAAUCCACAGCCAGCAGGAGUGCCUGCUUCUCAAGCUCAUAUGCCAAGCCAAACUUCUCAAGCUCAUAUGCCAAGCCAAACUUCUCACAUGCCACCUCAAAAUCCUGGAUACAAGCAUGUAGAAACGAGCCAUAUGCAUGAGAAGCCAAAAAGCAAUAAUCCUUUUGAUUUAUUUACUUACUCCCUUUAUUUAAAGAGUAAACCGGUUUGAGAGCCCACAAAUUUUAUUAUAAAACAUAUUGAUAUAUAUUGAAUUAUUAAAUAAUGAGGUCUCAAUCUAAUAUAUAAAUAUAUACAAAAAAAUAAUUCAAUAAUUAAAUUAGAUUUUCCUUUCAAGCAUUUAUGAUCUUAAGACACAAAAUUUAUAAAUAUAAUAAAAAACCUAUUAAGUGAGUUAA